UCCUGGUGAUUAGCGUCAGCAGAAGGAGCCCAAAUUUUCAGGCAUGGUGAAUGCAUUUUUGUACAGCCGCAUUUCCCUUCCUGUGCUCGGCAAGCUGCAGUCAUUCAGCUGCCUGAUUUAUGCCGUUCACUUUGAACUUCGGCGCGGCCUCGGCAAGACUUUGGCAAGACGGCGGCCGCAUGCGUGAGAGAAAGCGUGAUGGAGCAGUAACCGCCGGAGGAGUUCCAGUGCGUGUGGUUGCGCCGUUGCUGAGCUUGAUGUGUGGCUGCUGUCGUCUUCUUUUGACUCGGCGACUGUCUCAAUGAAGUUGUCCCAUAUUGGAUCGUGCCACGUUGAGGACAUGGCUCUGCCUGCUACGAUCACAAAGAGUCCCGACCACUUAUAUUCUAGUGGAUUAUAGUCAGGAGGCAAUAAUUGAGGAGGUUGGCGAGGGGGUUGUACCAGGCGGUUCUUCUCUUUGCUUGUCACGCAGAGGUGAUGUUUGCUGCAGCAUUGUAAGGCAGACUCCAGACACGGUUUGGCUGAGUCUGCUGUGCAAGAAUUCGGCAUGUUGAGACUUGCAGCAACUCUGGCUCUAUGCUCUUUGCCUCCGGGCGUGAACAACGCCCAUGGCUGCAGCCGUUUGCAUGGCGACAGGCUGCAUUAAGCCAACCUACGAUGGCAAUGCAGGCUAUUGCAGUAAAACGUGCCGCAAGAGUUCCAAGCGCAGGGCCGCAGGCUUUGCGCCCUGUGCGGGCGCACAGAGUGGGUGCCCAUGCCCGGCAUCGUUUGACGGCCAGCCUGAGAGCUUCUGUUGCAAGAGCUGUCAAGGAGGGCGGCCCUGCCAAACUGCAUCGCACAUGACGCCCUCAAACCCAGGGCCUCCGGCUUCUCUGGCAGCUGCUACGUCUUUCUCAAGGUGUGCCCGCCCUGGUUGCUGCUGCGCCGCUUCCUAUGACGGACUUCCCGGAAGCUAUUGCUGCAAGAGCUGUCGCAAGGGCCAGCCUUGCAACCGAAAUGUCCACACGGUGCCUCAAGUUCAAAUUGCACCCGGCGCCGAUUCCGGAGCCACCAAUUUGUGCGCCUCUGGAUGUGGGCAAAAGAGCUGGAACGGCAAGGCGGGCGAGUUCUGUGGACGGACGUGUCGGCAGAGGUAUUCUCAGCAGUUGCCCAUUGUCCAGCUGAAGAACUAUGGAGGGAUCAAGGCGCAGGCUGAUCUUUGGAGGGGCCGCGUAUGGCCACAAGCGCUGGGGAGAGGUGUCUUCUAUGCCAACCGUGGCCUUGGCGAUACCUCAUGCCCUGCCGUGCGGAAGUUCGAAGCAGGCCUAGCAGCACUUGGCGUGACGGACAGCUCAAAGAGUGAGUUCGCCUGGCAUGGCACGAGCACUGUCGCUAACGUGAAGAGCAUUUGCUGGGACAAUUUGGACCCGCAAAAGCGGAGUGGCCAGGCUCAUGGUCCGGGCGAGUACUUCAGCACGGACGCCAACGUCUCUAACAGCUACGCUGGGAGCAGCGGGUACAUGAUUUUGUUUCUGCUCCUCCAGGGACCACACAACACGUCGCACAACGUCAGCUACAGAGUCAUCCACAAUCCCACACAUGGAAAGAGCAUGUACUGCCUGCCGGUGGGCGUGGUUGAUUACAGAUCCUGCGGGGAUCCUCAAUUGAAAGGCGCCGGCAAUUUUUGAAGCUCAGAGAUGACCUCCGAACAUUGCUGUCACUUGACGACUGGUUGUUAGCGGGCGCAGAUGCCUGGAAAGGGGUU